AUGACCCAAGAUCAAUUCUGGCAUUAUACAAACCCCCAACUUCCUCUCCUCCCUCCUCCACCACCUCCACCUAACAUCCAAACCCCCCUAAAAACCCACCCCAGCACCAUCCUCUCCCUCCACAUCUACCCCAUCAAAUCCUGCCGCGGCCUCACCCUCCCCAAAACCACCCUCAACAAACACGGUCUCUCCCUCGACCGCCGCUGGAUGUUCAUCGACGCCACAACCCACGAAUUCAUCACCAUUCGCCAAAACCCCACCAUGACACUUAUCACCACAGCCCUAGACCCCACCUUCACAACACUCACUCUCUCCAUUCCAUCUUUUUCCAAAAGGAUAAUCUCCAUCCCGGCAGCGCCAUCCCCCGCCUGGCUAGCAGAGAAUACCACCCUCGCGACAGUCAAAAUCUGGGAUAAUGUGACGGAUGGGUACGUUUAUGGUGCGGAGGUGAAUGGACUGUUUAGUGAGUUCUUGGGACGGGAUGUCGCGUUGGUGUACAAGGGGCCGACGCCGAGGGUGCUGAAGGGAAAUGCGGAUCCGAGGGUGUUGGGACGGGAACAGCAUACGUUUUUUCCCGAUGUGCAUCCGGUUUUGGUUGCGUCGGAGGCGUCCAUGGAGGAGUUGAAUGGGAGGUUGGAAGGAGGGGGUCAGGAGAGGAUUAUGGUCGAGAGGUUUAGACCGAAUAUUGUGGUUAAGGGGGUCGUGCCGUGGGAGGAGGAUUCGUGGAAGGUGGUGAGGAUUUUGCCGGAUGGGGAGGGCAAAGGGAAAGCGCUGGAGUUGGAUGUUGUGGCGAGGUGUGCCAGGUGUCAGGUCCCUAAUGUAGAUCCUGAUACGGCGGUUAAGCAUCCUAAGCAGCCGUGGGAUACUCUCAUGGCGUAUCGGAGGGUGGAUGAGGGCAUGAAGUAUAAGCCGUGUUUUGGCAUGUUGAGUGCCCCGAGGAAUGAGGGGGUCGUGGAGGUGGGCAUGCGGUUUGAGGUCGUCGAGGAGACGGACGGGCAUAGGUAUAUUACGGGGUUUUAGUGGAGAUUUUAUAUAAGAAAAUGGGGUAGGGGUGGUGGAGAAAAGUUGUGGAGUUCGCU